GCAAAACCAGAAGAACCGAAGAAGAAGAAACUCAGUUGGAUUAGAAGAUCUGAACAGAGAACGGAGAAGAAGAAGAAGAACGAAGAGAAUGGGGACGACGGUGGCGGGACUUGCGCCGGGGCUUUCACGGAAGCUGAAGAAGGUUCUAGAAUCGAGGACUGACACGCCGGAUCUGUUGUCCUCUCUCAACACACUCUCUUCCUUCUACGAAGAGAACACUCCACAGUCGCGCCGCAAUCUCCGAUCCACCAUCGAGAAGCGCGCUCUCUCAAUCAACCUCGAGUUUAUCGAAGCUUCCCGCCCCGUGCAGCUGGCUUUGGAUAGCGUCCAGAACGAGGUCAAUGCGCUUACUGAAUGCUGCGACAGGAUAGCAGAGGCUUUAAACAGUUGUAGUGAUAGCACUGGUGACAUUAUCAACACCACAGAGAGGCUCAAACAAGAGCUUGAAACUACUGUCCAAAGACUAGAGAUUGUGGCAUGUUUCCUACACAAUUAUCAGCUCUCCCCUGAAGAGAUAAAUGCACUUAGAGAUGAAGAGCUGAAUGAGAACUUUUUCAAGGCACUUUCUCAUGUCCAAGAGAUUCACGCCAACUGCAAAGUGUUGCUUAGGACACAUCAUCAGCGUGCUGGUUUGGAGCUAAUGGAUAUGAUGGCUGUGUAUCAAGAAGGAGCUUAUGAACGCCUAUGCAGGUGGGUUCAGGCAGAAUGUAGAAAAUUGGGUGAUACUGACAAUCCGGAAGUUAGUGAGCUUCUGAAAACAGCUGUGAGAUACCUCAAGGAAAGAUCUGUCCUUUUCAAGUAUUGUGCAGAAGAGGUAGCCAAUAUGAGACACAAUGCACUUUUCAGAAGAUUUAUUAGUGCUCUUACACGUGGAGGACCUGGUGGAAUGCCUCGACCAAUCGAAGUGCAUGCUCAUGACCCAUUAAGAUAUGUUGGUGAUAUGCUAGGCUGGUUGCAUCAGGCCCUGGCAUCUGAACGUGAACUUGUACUUGUUUUAUUAGAUCCAGAUGCAAGUGUGGAUAUUGGACCAACAGCAAAGCAAUUCUCCAAUAACCCUGUGAAUGGUUCUGCAAAGACAGAAAGUGACUUGAUGUUUGUUCUUGAUAGAAUUUUCGAAGGAGUAUGCAGGCCGUUUAAGCUGAGAGUUGAACAAGUUUUACAAUCUCAACCGAGCUUGAUAGUCUCUUACAAACUGAGUAAUACCCUUGAAUUUUACAGCUACACCAUUGCAGAUUUACUUGGACGAGAUACUGCACUAUGUAAUACACUAUGGGUGCUGAAAGAUGCUGCUCAGAAAACAUUUUUUGAUAUUCUGAAAGGUCGAGGAGAAAAACUUUUACGAUAUCCCCCACUUGUAGCAUCUGAUCUUUCCCCGCCUCCAGCAGUUAGAGAAGGAGUAUCCAUACUUCUUGAAAUUAUUGACACCUACAACAGCAUGAUGGUUCCUGCUUCUGGCCAGAAACCUGCUUUUGAUCCAGUUAUAUCUGCGAUACUGGACCCAAUUAUUCAGAUGUGUGAACAAGCAGCAGAGGCACACAAAUCAAAGGGAGUCGGUCACUCAUCAAGAAGGAAUAGGAUGAGUUCUGACUCUGGUCAACUUACUAGAUCGUCAGUUGAUGCAAUCUUGUCAAGUAGCAAUCCUGCUUCAACCUCACAGACUAGUGAGACCCCCUCCAAGAUCUUUCUCAUUAACUGCUUGUGUGCUAUUCAACAACCUCUAUCUCGGCAUGAGGUUGCUGCUGAAUACGUGAAAAGGCUUGGAGCAAUGAUUGAUAAUCACUUGCGUGUUCUCGUGGAAAAAGAAGUUGAUGCAAUCUUAAGAAGGUGUAAUUUAUCUGAAAAGAUGCCUCAUUUCCACAAUUCAGUUCACGAGGGAGACAAUGAAGUUGGUAUGCCAUUGGCGGAGAUGGAAGGCACAAGUCCAGCGAUCCUUUCCGAGUGUUUGAAGGCUCUUUUUGGUCUUGUUUUGGGAAGCGAUAAUUCUCUGCCUGAAUUUGAGCAGAUGCAAGUUCCAAGGUUGCGUUCCGAAGCUUCUAUAGGGGUGGCCAGGUCUCUGGCACAAGCUUAUGAGCUUAUCUAUAAAGCAAUUAUGGAUCCCAAGAAUGGCUAUCCCGAUCCCAGGGCGUUGGCCAGGCAUCCUCCUAAUCAGAUAAGAACCAUUUUAGGAAUAUAGGCCUUUAUUGAUAUGUUUUGCUGUUUACCUAUGCAUGUUUUUAUUUGUUGAUUACGUAAAUAUCUUUCCUUUUAUUUUUUUUCGUACUCUAUAUCUCCUGCGUUUGUAAUUGUAUUGUUAUACAUUAAAUAAGUUUCGUCAUGUGCCUAGACUUUUGCGA